UUAUACGUCUGUGUUCACACUAGAAAAUUAAUUAUUUAAAUAUUUAACUUUAAUUAUUAGUACAUUAGUUAUUAAUAAUAAUUCGCAUUACAACCACAUCCAUUAACUAAUUGUUGUUUAAGUUGUAGUCCACCUAAAUCUCCAGCAGAACUCUCCACUAUUGCCCCAAAAACAAGAAGAAGUCGACGUACACCAGGCUUUCCCACUACUUACAAUCCUCCUCGGCCGCCAGUCGCCGCCGAUGAUCUUAACUAUAAGAAAGCACAUUCUGGUGCUAAUUGUUCAUUUUGACGUUGCGGUGCCGCCACUCUCCUCGACUUGCUCGUCCUGUUUGUGGUGGUCGCCGGAGGUGGGUUUGCGCCAGAUAGAUGGGUAUGAUAUGUGACUACCUGUACGAUGGGGAAACAAUAAAGAAUUUCAAUUCAUGAGAAUGUUGGACUAGUUUCACCUUCUACGAUACAAUCCCAGAGCUCCCUGAUCCUCCGCCUCUAAUCGCCCAGAAAACCUCUUUCACCGCUGCCUUUCUAUUCACAAUCCUGCUGUGAACAUCCAUGCAGCAACAAUCGAUUGUACUUUCUGACUAGAGACCCGAAACCUGCCUUUGCCAAAGUGUUCACUAAUUGGCAGCGUGAGGUAGAGGCUGCCGAGAAUGCUAGGUGGAUACUCUGUUUUGCAAUCACAUAGUUUAAGCUCUCCAAGCCAGCAUCAUGCUUUGAACCAACGACGUCUCUUUCUUGACGAAAUUCCUGUGUAAUGGUGGGCGCAGCUGCAGACUCUUAUCCGAAUCCUAUAUUCCUUGCUGCAGAAUCGCGCAGGUUGGAUUUAGUUCUCGUCGGAAGGAUGAAAAUGAGGAAUGGCUUGGAUUUGGAGUUUAAGUAUCUGAGGUUUUGGACUCUCGAGUCCUAAAGGAACGAGAAUAGAGAAGAUUGAGGAUGGAUACAUGAUGUCAAUUUUGUUUAAUUUCAUGCUCUGUAUUUCAUAAAUGAAAGUUUCUCUCUCUACUCUCUAGGUUUCAGAACUUGUUGCUUCAACUGUGAAGAAGACGAUCAAACUAGUCUUGCUAAUUAAGCUUUGAUAAUUUGACUGUAAUGGGUUUAUUGGCCCACUUUGAACAAACUUGAAGCCAAAAUAGCAAAGGCCACAUUCUUACGAUGGUAAAGAAUAUUUGGGACUAAAUUGUAUCGAAAAUUAAAUCCAUAGAUUUUAUCGCAAUUUUAUUUUGUCAAUUAUUGUUUAAAUUAUAAUUAAUUAAAGAUAAUAACAAGUGUGAACAUAGGCAUACAGUGUACGUCAGGUGUACGCUAGCCUGAACCAUAUAUAUAUAGCUUUCGUUUACUUCAUUACUCACAUCUUCAAUACAAGUCUCCUUACAUGGUUUCAACUAACAAACAUCAUUUCCUCCUUUGAUCCUAGGGUUCUUGGCCUAAAAUAUUUGUUGAGAAAGAAAAGAAGAAUAACACCAUGUCAUCUUACCUCUCCAAUAGUUUCUCCCCUUUAUCCUUUGCCUCUAACCUGGUUCCUAAUUCCUCCUACGUACCCCUUGCUGGCACCUCAGGAACCCUAGGAGCAAUGCAGUAAAAAACGUGAUUCUACCUAGAAGUGGAAAAUGGGUAAAAUCGUAAAUGUAGAAUUAAAGCGUAAAAGCGUAAGUUUUUUACACAUACUGUCAAAUAACUAAAAAUCUGUUAAGUAGAACACAUACUAUGUAAAAUAUGAGUGCAUAGAAUUUACAUAAGUUAAUAAAUAUCUGUAAUUUCGCGUCUAAAGUAGAGCAACUCACAGCAUCUUAACAAUAAGUUCAUAAACAUACAUCUUAACAAUAAGCCACCUUCCCCUUUAUGCUAAUGAAUUUGGGAAGGACCUAGCCGGUGAAUUAUAUUAUUCUAUUGAAACUAAGAAUGCAUCCAACUACCGUGUAUGUAUCUUUUAAUCUCAAAUGUAUUAUAUUGUUGGUGAUUUACCUUAAAAAUAUAGUUUUUAUAAUUAAUUUCAUGAAAAGAAUACACAUUUAGUGAACUAAAAGCAGUAAACAUAGCGUGCUACCUCAUCAACUAUGGACCUGAGAUAGGUAUUGAGUGUGAAAUUCCUUAUGUGGUAUGGUCUGGUAAGCUUGUUGAUUACUCUUUACUGAAAGUUUUUGUCAUCCUAUUUACUAGCAUGUGGAUGACGGUAAACUGAAUCCAAGAGCAAAGAAGGGUGUAUUUGUGGGUUUCAAAGAUGGAUUUAUGGGAUAUCAAGUCUGGUCACCUUCUAAGCACAAAGUUGUACUUAGUAGGAACGUGAUAUUUGAUGAAAAAUCUAUGUUUAAACCCAUGUUGAAGGUUAUUGUUGUUGAGGAUAGUAUCAAUGUUGAUAAACAGGUGGAGCUGCAAAAUCUCAGAGAGAGUGAGUUUGAGCACCAAGGUGGAGAAGAUCAACAUGAGAAUGUUUAUGAUGAACCAGAAACUUCAGAGUUUAGUGCACGAGCUCAAUAGUCUAUAGCUUCCAAUAGGACGAAGAGAGCAAAUGGGGGAGUACCUCCCCAAAGGUAUGGCUUUAAGGAUGUGGGGGCGUAUGUUUUUCAGGUGGUUGAAGAAGUGGAUGCGGGUGAACCACAAUCCUACAAAAAAGCCAUUUCAUUGGCAAAGCUGCUUAGUGGCUUGCUGCAAUUGGAGUAGAGAUGGAAUCCCUUGACACGAAUCAGACUUAGGACUUGGUCAAAUGACAACAGGGAAGGAAGAUUAUUAUAAAUAAGUGGAUCUACAAGAAGAAGUAAGCAAUGAAAUCUGAAGAGGGCAUUAAAUUUAAAGCUCGGUUAGUGACAAGAGGCUUCACGCAUAAGGAAGGAAUUGAUUACAUUGAUAUUUUCUCACCGGUGGUCAGACAAACUUUGAUUAGGGUGUUACUAGCAAUAGUGGCACAUCAUGACUUGAAACUCGAGCAACCAGAUGUGAAUAUAGCUUUUCUACAUGAAGAGCUGGGAGACGAAAUUUAUAUGACUCAAUAAGAUGGUUUCCAGGUUCUAGGAAAAAAGACUAUGUUUGUUAGUUGAAGAAGUCAUUGUAUAGAUUUAAGAAAUCUCUAAAGCAGUGGUACAAGAGGUUUUAUAGUUACAUGCUUGAGCUGCGCUACAACAGAAGGCCUUUUGUUUGUUGUGUGUAUCACACUAAGACUGAGAAUGGUUCAAUGAUUUACCUGGUUAAGUAUGCAGAUGAUAUGCUCAUGGCUGCGAAAUCAAAGUCUGUAUCUAGAGUUAAAGGGGCUUCUCAGUUCUAAGUUUUAGAUGGAGGAUUUGAGAACUACUCAAAAGAUUUUGGGUAUGGAGAUGUACAUGGCUAGGGAGAAGAAGCUCUUCUUGUCACAUAAGAGCUACAUCCAGAAGAUAUUGUCCAGGUUUGUCAUGUCUUCAACAAAUCCUUGCAUACUCCUAUUUAGGGGUGGGCAACGGGAAACGGGUAUUUGGGUAUACCCGUACCCGUCCCAUUUUUUAAGGGUUACGGGUACCCAUAUUACCCGUAAUAUUUUAAACGGAUGGGACUUGGGAUUGUACAAUCCUAAUAUGGGUACCCGCGAAUACCCGUUUGGGUAAUAUGGGUACCCGUUGUACCCAUUCAAAUUACAAAGACAUAUAAUUCAGCCCAUGCACCCAGGCCCAACCCAAUUCAAAAUCCAUUAAAAUUACAAAAUCCAUUUAAUUCAGCCCGUGAGAGUUGAGACGCUGACGCACCCCUAGGUCCUAGAAGACGCGAGACACGCGACGGCAGGCGGCAGCUUCUCUGGAAUUUGGAAAGGUCUGUCUCUGUCUUGUGUCUUUGGGUUGUAGGAAUUGGUGUAAGUUGCUACUUGUAGCAGCCAUUUUGUGUUUUGAAAUGAAUGCUUUGGAUGUAAUUGACUAAUUGUCUUUAGGUAAAAUGUCAUUUAAACUUUGGGUAUUUAUGGGUAGUAUGGGUACCCGUUAUCUGUCCCGUACGGGUAAUGGGUACCCGUUUCCCAUAUGGGUUUGGGAUAUGGGAUGGACUUUGGUCUCCAAAUGGGACUAGGUACCCGUUUAAAACGGGACAGGUAUCCCGUCUCGUCCCGUUGCCCACCCCUACUCCUAUUGCUUCAAAUAUUCAUCUAUCCUUAGUUUAUGCACCACAGGCAGAGGUUGAGAAGGAGUGCAUGUCGAGAGUCUCACAUGCUAGUCCAGAAGUUAGUCUGAUGCAAUGCAGUCAAAAGCACGAUUCUAUCUAGAAGCGGAAAAGGGGUAAAAUCAUAAAGCGUAGAAUCAAAUCAUAAAAUCGUAAGUUUUGUACGCAUACUGUAUAAUAACUAAAAUAUGUUAAGUAUGACAUAUACUAUGUAAAAUAUGAGUACACAUGAUUUAGACAAGUUAAUAAAUAUCUGCAAUUCAUGUCUAAAGAAGAGUGAUGACUUGAUAUAUACACAUGUUUUUGUCCAUUCUUAUGUCGUUUGAGCCUCAUUUCUCGUAUCUUAGGCCGAUUUCACGCUAGGUUGUUCUCGUUUGUGUUAUCUCAGGUCCUAGUACGUGAUUAGAGGUUUGGGAACGAGCUCGGGGUCGAUUGGACGAAGGUUGGACGUUUGGCGAGAAGCUGAGGAAACCACACGGCCGUGUGGUUUGGCCGUGUGGAAUUCCAUUACGCGGGCAAGACCACACAGGCCGUGUACUGGGUCCCUUGAGGCCAUGUGGAAAUUCCAGGGAUGCCACACGGGCAAGCCAGUUUUCUACACGGUCGUGCAGCUCUGGUCGUGUAGCAUUCGUAGAGGCACUUAAUUAAAACAUUGUGUUUUGGCGCUCACACGGGCAGACUGGGAUACCACACGGCCGUGUGGUCGGGACAUUCUGGGUUUUAACCCAAUUUCGGGUCUUUUGGAGAGGGAUCGAGUUUUUGAGCAAAAAAUAGAGCUUUAGAGAGAGAAAGUGCAAGAACAAACCCUAGGAGCUAUUUGGAGUGGAUUUCUCACCAUUGAAGCCCAGAUUGCAUCCCCAGGAGUGAAGAUCGACAUCCCAAAGCAUAUUAUCCUCAUCUUUAUGAGUAUGACUACUCUGAUUUCUGUUUUCCUCUCUCUCUCUCUCUCUCUCUCUCUCUCUCUCUAUGGAGUAGAACCUUCUCUCACUUGGGUAAAGAACCCUAGUUCCAUGUGUUAGGAAUCUUGAUUGUAAUGACUUGGGAUUGAUAUACUGAUUGAUUUUAAUCGAUUGAUGCAUGUUUCAUUGAGUCAAUUGAAGCCUGAUCAUCUUUUCUUGAUUUCUGCUACAACCUGAGAUAGAUAGAAUCUGAUUAGGUUGUUAGAGCUUCAUCAAUCGGUAGUGGUAGAUUGGUUAUACGAGAGUUAAUCAAUUUACUGCUUUGUACUGGAAUCUAAUUCCAGUAGUGGAGUUGUGUGUUUAUUGCCUCAGCAGUCUAUCCCGAUGAAGGCUAGUCGCCUGCCGGUUAGUCUGCCUGAGAGGGCUUGGUCAGCUUAAGAGAUUCCAAGCUACUGUCGGAUCUUCCGCAGUUUAAUCAACAGUUAAUCAACCCAGGGUAAUUACAACCUUGACCUAACUAAGGAGCUAUGGGGACUUAUUCCCGAGUGACUCUUCCCUUGCUAAAAAACUUUGAGUCAUUUCCUGCUUUCUUACUGCUUUUACUUAAAAUCACAAUCACUCGACUUAGUUUGCUAGAUAAUAGAUAAUCAUGGAGUAGGUAGUAGAUCUAGACCCCGGGUUGACAAAUAGAGCUUGCCACUUUACUGCAUUUCCGGACUGCGAUUACACUUGGUCGCAGUUUGGCGUUGUGUUUUAGCGUGCCAUAGAGCAACUUAUAGCAUCUUAACAAUAAGUUCGUAAACAUAGAUCUUAACAAUAAGCCAUCUUCCCUUUAAUGCUAAUGAAUUUGGGAAGGGCUUAGCUGGUGAAUUAGAUUACUCUAUUGAAGCUGAGAAUGCAUCCAAGUACCUGGUAUUUAUCUUUUAAUAUCAAAUGUAUCAUAUUGUUGGUGAUUCACCUAUAAAAUAUACAUUUUAUAAUUAAUUUAAUGAAAAGAAUACUCAUUUAAUGAACUAAAAGUAUAAAA